AUGAAUGACGAGUACUACCAAUCUGCGAUUGCCCGCGGGCGCCAGCUGUACGAGAAGCAAGCAGAUCCGGAAUGGUUAGUUGAUGGACCAGCCCCGGAUAUGCGAGCCGCCUACAAAAUCGUCACGGGCACCUCGGACCGUGUCGAAAGGACUCGCGAAGAUGUAAGCCACCCGCUGGCGCGGGAGAACAUGGUGACGACCAACCUCCCGUGGGUAGAGGUCAGCAGCCGGCGAAAGAAUGCGAAGCACGACACUCUGUGUCGCACAAUUGUUCACGCGAAAUCCGGCGCCUUGAUCCUUAUGAUCAACAAGGAUCGGGACGGAAAUUUACCCGUCGACCAGCUCAGACCAUCCGAGAUCAUGUGGCAGUCCUUCGCAUAG